AUCUUCUUCCUAAUUUCCACCAUGAAUGUUUAACCCAUCAAAACCCACAUUGUGAAAUCUUCAAAAGUGAUGGGUGUGGGCGGUAAAUUCUGGGACUUGCUUAAACCCUAUGCCCGCCACGAGGGUUUUGAUUUCUUGAGGAACAAGCGCGUGGCUGUCGACCUCUCCUUCUGGAUUGUGCAGCAUGAAGCCGCUAUCAAGGCGCGUGCUCGAAGCCCCCAUUUGAGGCUCACCUUCUUCCGCACCAUCAAUCUCUUCGCCAAGUUUGGAGCAUUUCCGGUCUUUGUGGUUGAUGGAAACCCAUCACAUCUGAAGUCACAGGUGAGGAUUGCACGAUUCUUUGGGGUUUCUGGUAUUGAUUCGUCAAGUUUGCCUGUGGCUGAAGAUGGAAUUUCAGCUGAGAGGAACAGAAAAUUUACAAAGCAUGUUCAAGAAUGUGUGGAACUACUUGAACUACUCGGAAUACCUGUUUUAAAGGCAAAAGGAGAGGCUGAAGCACUGUGUGGUCAGCUAAAUCUCGAAGGUGAUGUAGAUGCUUGCAUCACAUCUGAUAGUGAUGCGUUACUCUUUGGGGCUAAAUGUGUGAUAAAAAGCUUUCAAUCCAAUUCAAAGGAACCAUUUGAAUGUUACUAUAUGUCAGAUAUUGAAGCCGGUCUAGGUUUGAAAAGGAAACAUAUGAUUGCUAUUGCUCUUUUGGUUGGAAAUGACCAUGAUUUGAAUGGAGUGCAAGGUAUUGGACUAGAUACAGCUCUUCGCUUUGUCCAGACUUUUAGUGAAGAUGAAAUACUGAAUAGGUUACGAGAUAUAGGCAAUGGUGAUGCUUCACUGUUUCAAGGCGGUAUCCAAUACAUGGAUGAUAAUGUACUCCGUUCAGCUGUGAGCUCGGUGUCUUCAAAAAUUUAUCAUUGUUCAUUCUGUGGGCAUCCUGGCGGCAGAAAAGUGCAUUCGAAGUCUUCCUGUGGAUAUUGUGUCACCAACAUGGGUGAGGGUUGCUUGAAAAAACCAGAGGGGUUCAGAUGCAUUUGCUCAUCCUGUGAUAUGGAUCGUAAGGGAAAAGAUCAGAAAAAGCAGGAAAAUUGGCGACUGAAAGUUCUCAAGGAAAUUGCACCGGAGCCUAAUUUUCCCAAUGAAGAGAUAAUUGAAAUGUAUUUGUGCAACAAACACGGUUACUUCAAUGCAAAUGAGGGCCCUUGCAUAUCCUGGGAAAGACCAAAAACUGAACUGCUGGUUAAUUUUUUAGCUUUUCAUCAGAUGUGGGAACCAUCUUAUAUUCGCCAGAUGAUGCUUCCUAUGUUGUCUACCAUUUAUUUGAGGGACAUGGCUGAAAAUCCUGUAAACAGUUUGUUGUAUGGGCAAUAUGAGUUUGAUUCCAUUCAUCGUUUGAAAAUAAGAAAUGGUCAUCAAGUCUUUGUGGUCCAGUGGAAAAAGGCUGCACUGACAAUGAAUUCAGUCACUCCUACAAAUCGUAAAGAGGAGUCAGAUAUCCUACGAGAUGAUGUUAUUGAAGUUGAUGAAGGCACUGUAUGGGACGAGUUUGAUGUCCCUAAGAUUUGUAACAGUGAUGGGUGCUACUUUUUGCUAACAGAUGAGAAUAUGGACCUUGUCCAGGCCGCAUUUCCAGAGGAAGUUGACAGAUUUUUCAAAGAUAAGGAACUGAAAGAACUUAAAAGAAGAAAAGCCAGUUUAAUGCCAGAAACACCGGCAAAACCAAAAGGUGUGCAGCUAAAUAUUACAGAGUUCUACCGCUCUACCAAAACAAAGAAACUGGAGACAGGUGGAGAAGAUCUUACCCAGAUCAGUGUGUGUCAGAAUGCUGAAACUAGUAAAGAAAAGAGAAAACCAUCUAGUUCAAAUCUUCCCAAGUCUGUAAGACGCCGUCUUUUGUUCGACUGAGGCAUUGUGGAUUUUGGUCAUUCUCUGCUGAUUUAUAGGGAAAGUAGCUAAAUAUAUAAAGUUAGUGUC